AUGAGUAAUGCCGGUUUCUCCAUCGACACCGCCCAGAUUGUGGCGCUCUUCAUGGAGUCGGUCACAUAUGGGGUGUUCCUCACCACUUUUGUAAUGUGUUUACACGGAUUACUGUACUCUCCGACCCAUCGUUUUCACUUGAAGCCUUUUUUCAAAGUGAAUUACCGCAUGCUUAUUGCCGCCCUGCUUAUGUUCACAUUUGCUUCACUCGACGUUGCGUUCGGACUAUGCCACAACAUCAAAGCUUUUGUCACUUUGAAUGGAAAUGGGAAUGAUCCAGAAACUGCAGAGGAGGUCUUCGAUAAUGUGGGAAACUGGAUCAACGUGAUGAAGUUUGUGGACUACGUUGCUCAGACCUUCAUUGGAGACUCAAUACUGAUCUAUCGCUGCUAUCUGGUAUGGGAUCGGUCAUGGUACAUGAUCGUGCCAUCUGUUCUUCUUUGUCUCGCAGAAACAGUUUGUGGAUGCAUGGUAGCAGUUAUCGAGGCAUCUCCUGCCUCAGGAGGAUCCCUAAAUUCUUCCACCAUUUCCCCUUUUAUCACAAGCAUGCUCUCGAUCACCCUCGCGACUACAAUCCUCACAACUACCCUUAUUGUAUAUCGUUUAUGGAACGUUCAAUCCCACUCUCAAACAUUCCUACAAUUCCAACAAGAGCGGAAUCGAGAUUGGAACUCGGAUCCACUUGCUCGUGCAAUGAAGGUAAUGAUCGAGUCUGGUUUGCUCUAUACCCUCUCUCUGGUCGUUCUGUUUGCGGUCUUCAUUACUUCGAGCAACGCAGAAUUAGGAGUUUCUGAUUCAGUCGUGCAGAUUAUCGGGAUCACAUUCAACAUGAUAAUCAUUCGUACGAGUCGAGUAUCUUCCCGAAUCCAAUCCACAGUACCUGCACGCUCGGAAGCAAGCCUCGCACCUCUGCCACAUAUGAUAAGUAUACACACAGUCACCGAAACGGACUGUUAUCCAAACACCCCUCUAUCGCCUUUACCCAACAGAAGCAUUCGCAGUCAAUAUCGCUCCAGUCGGCAGUCCAGUCGACCGUCUCGAUAUUCAAGCUGUCCUCCCAGUGAAGUUCCAUCUCCCAGUAUCAUUGGACAUCCCGGAUUUGCCACCCUGCAGAAACAAUCCCUCCUCGAAAUCCCCAGUCCCGAAAAAUUCGACAUCUCGAGAUACGAAAGAGGCGAAAGAUCUGUUCAUUAUGUGGACAGUCAUAGUCACCGAUCACAUAGGUCGUAUAGGGAUGAUAAUAGUGGUAUAAGUGCAAUCAGCGCAACAGCUGAGAGUCACGAUAAUACAGUUUUAUGGGAAGUAUGA